AUGUCUACUGCGGCUUCUCCUGUUGCCCAAAAGGCAAGCCUUUUAGGCCUUCCUUUGGAGCUGCGCGACCAAAUUUAUUACUACUACUUCAAGGCAGAUGGUGGCUAUGUUUCAGACGGCGAUAAGCUGCUCCAGGCCAGCGGCCAGGCAGUUCAGAUAUCGCUAAUGUUAGCAUGCCGCUCCAUCGCCUCCGAGACGCGGCAUCUCCCUUUCACCCUCAAUACAAUCACCUUCUCGACGAUCUACAGGCCAGAUUGGAGGAAACAGGCCCUCAUGAUUAACCAAAUAGCUCAUUACCAUCUCUACCUCUUACAGGACAUGGUCCUUCGACUGGGCCGGCUUUUGACACCUGAUAUGUACGAGAAGCCCAGCUCUGAGUAUUCUCAAUACAUGCCUAUCGUGAUGGAAGAAGUGGCAGAGUUCAUCGAGAUUUGGGACCGACGUACUGAACUUUCUACCGAAGUGAGAAACAUGCAGGCCUUUGUUGACUCUCAGGAAUUUCGAGAUGGUGCUGGAUUCAGAACUGGAAUUCCCUCGAUGCGACUACGAGGAGAUGAUAGCACAGUCUCUCUGAAACGAACAAGGACCUACCUAUUGCGGCAGCUUGCAGACAAGCACCCCACAGAAUUCUCUGAAGCUAUUGAAGAUAUCUUACCAGGGUGGAAUAAUUCGCAUUCAAUUGACGAAUUCUUCAGUCUGGGGUUUGACUCAUGGGCUAUGCCUACUCUGGCUGAGGUCAGAAGAAUGGUGAAUCUAAUGCAGAACACCAGGUACUGGCAGAAUGGGGAUGCGUGGUACCACUUACGCUAUGGCCAUCCAGACUACAAUGGCCCAAAAUAUCGUUACAAACGAAAGUAUUGGUUCUCGGCUGCCGCUCAAGCAAUCAGAUUCCUCGGGCAGCUUUCUCGACAACAGCGCCUUUUGAUAUCAAAGCUAAUCCUUAAUGAAGAUCGACCUGCAGCUGCCUUUCCUGAGUCUCAUAUGAUAGGCAUGAUUCCUUUUUGUCUAGAAAACCCGAAGCUCUAUGUUGAGCAUCAUAUGAACCUUUGGCGAAAUAUCCUUGCUAGAGGCGAUGACUUCAGAAUCCGAAGCCUUAUGUCCCAUAUUGAAAGUCGCUUGAGGGUUUUGGAGGAUACUCCUGAACUACACCAAACCGAACCUGAAGUUAUUGGUCAAACCUUUACUGGCUUUAUUAUGCACCUCUUGGAGGCCUUAAAGGAAGGGCUACCUUCAGACUCAUACUCCCUUAUUAUUGGUGGCUAUCCUGAUUUAAAUCUUGCAACAGAGAUCUUUUCAGUAUCCAUAAAGCCUUAUAUAGCCUGGCUCACGGCUCAUACGGAUUGCAUUGCCCGUGGCCUGAUCGCCCCAGCCAGCCACCACGACUAUCCUUUUCCUAACAGAACGUCAGCCCAAGAAAUAGCUCCAGUGAGCGAGAGAAGCGCCAUCAUUCAGUGCGACUUCACCCUUGACCAGCCUUGGGACUGGGAGACGAUUUACAAUGAGUCCGGAGCAUCCAGGAUUAGGACUCUAAACGAUUUAACGAAUCUUGGUGUGGAAUUUGAGGUUGACGACUAUCUUGACGUUACCACCAGUCUGCUUGAUUGGGAAAAGGUCCAAAAAGAAAGCUAUGAAAUAGAAGAACUUUCGGAUGGUGUUUUUGCAGAGCCCGAUGACUAUCGGUACUUGGCAUAA